GAUAUCCAAUUAAUUUUCCAGUUGACUUAACCUCUAUAAUUAUAAGAAAGCCAUGUUAGGUGCACAUAUAAAAAAGUCUGAAUCUAACAACUGCAGCUUAUUUUAUUGAUUUCAAUUAUGUUGCACAUAACUUGUUCAUCUGUGUCUUCUUUCUUCUUUGCAUAAAAAAAUUGGUUCUCUUCUUUCACCUCUCAAAUAUCAUUUCUCAUAUAUAUAUUUUCAUUCACACUUCCCAUAAAUAUAAACAUUCUGUGUCUGCAUUCAAAGAGUUAAUCAUGGCUGCUUAUGGAGCUCUGGUUUCUCUUAUGCAUAUCAUAGAUAGCAUAAAAAAUCAUCCUUCCCCUCCAAUUUCUUUCGAUAAACAACAAGUUAAAUCUCUAACUGAAAAUGUUACCUUCUUGCAGGAUUUUCUUGAUGCUUAUAUUUCCCCAGUUAUCGACGACCAUGAGGAGGAUCCAUUGGAGAGUCGCAUUGCUGAUGCAGUUUAUGCAGCUGAGGAUGUCAUCGAAUCACAAAUUGUGGUUCAAAUUGAUAACCGAUCCACAAUUCGUGGGAAGAAGUCCAAUUUUAUAACCUUGAUUCGAGCUCUGUGCAAAUGCGCAACUAUUGCGGAGGACUUCUAUCACGAUCUACAACUAGUGAUAGAAGAAAUGAAUUUAAUCAAGAAGGAAGCCAUGAUUGUAGCAGCAGCAGCUCAACUGCAGAGAAAGGUCUCCUCAACUCAUGCUGCCUCCUCUUCCACUGUGAAGGAAAUCAUGAUGGUGGGCUUCGACGAGGUGUUGUUUCAAGUGCUGGAUAAGCUCACCGGAGGCCAACUGAGUCGCCAAAUCAUCCCAAUUAUGGGGAUGGGCGGCAUUGGUAAGACCACUCUUGCCCGACAUGUAUUUGAGCAUGCGCUUGUUAAAGAGCAUUUUGAUAUUUGUGUGUGGAUUACAAUUUCUCAAACUUAUAAUGUGAGAGAAACCCUUAGAGAUGUUCUUUCCCAAGUAAGUGGGGAUCCGGAUUGUGAUCUGAGUGAGGGCGAAUUGGGAUUAAAACUAUAUCAGUAUUUAUGGGGUAGGAGGUAUCUCAUAAUUAUGGAUGAUAUGUGGAGUAUAGAGGUAUGGGACAAGAUCAGGUCUUUCUUUCCUAAUUGCAACGAUGGGAGUCGAAUAAUAGUAACAACUAGGUUGUCAAACUUGACUUCGCAGUUGGGUGAGUCUUAUGGCGUUGGUAUGAAAUUUCUAGAUGAGGCUAAUAGUUGGGAUUUGUUCACCAAGACCGUGUUUGGGGGAGAAAGUUUUCCUCGUGAGUUGGAGGAUAUUGGAAAGAAUAUUGUAGCAAAUUGUAAAGGUCUUCCUUUAUCAAUUGCUACAAUUGGAGGUCUUAUGGCAAAAUCUGAGCGCUCGAGAGAAUAUUGGGGGUGUAUAGAGCAAAAUUUAAGCUCUAUUCUGAUUACCAAUAAUGAUGAAUUUUGCUUGAAAAUAUUAAGGAUGAGCUAUAUCUAUCUACCCAACUAUUUGAAGCCAUGUUUUUUGUAUAUGGGUGUUUUUGAGGAAGAUCGCAAAAUUCGUGUCUCAAUGCUGAAGAAGCUAUGGGUUUCUGAAGGAUUUUUAAAACCCGUGAGUGGAAAAUGUUUGGAAACAAUAGCAGAAGAUUACUUGAAGGAGUUGGUAGAUAGAAAUCUGAUUUUAGUUGACGAGUUGGGGUUUAGUGGAAAUGUAAAGUUUUGUAAGAUCCAUGAUUUGUUGAGGGACGUGUGCUUGAAAGAAGUUGAAAAGGAGAGGUUUUAUCAUAUCAUAGAAAAGUCUCUUUCAGUCAUAGAUAACGAACCUCGUCGGUUUGUCUUUCAAAAUGCUGGAAGUUGGGUAAUAAAUGAAGUCUCGAUAUCACAUGCUCGUUCUAUAAUAUGUGAUGACGAUGGGAAAAACUUUGAAAGUCCUCACAAUCUUAGAUUGUUGAGAACAUUCAAAUCAUAUGAUAGAGAUACAAGUCGAUCAUCAGAUGCUUAUGUGGGACGUGGUUUUAAUUUCCUACACAAUGCUUUUCAAUUGGUGAACUCACGACACCUUGCUAUUAGAGUUAAUUGGGAGUCCAAAUUCCCGCCUUCAAUCAAUUUGCUUUGGAAUCUAUAUACGUUAAUACUUCAUUACCCUCACCCUUGGGAAUGUGAUGGUCUUCUUGAUGAGAGUGGUUGGAAUGAUAUUACUGCACCGAUUGAGAUUUGGAAAUUGCAUCAACUUAGGCAUCUCGAGUUUGUGGGAGGAGAAUUGAUUCUCCCAGAUCCUCCGAGUGAGAUGGUUAUCAUGGAGAAUCUACAAACGCUCAGAGGAGCAAAGAAUUUGUAUUUGAAUGAGGAUGUGGUUAAAAGAAUCCCCAAUGUCAAGAAAUUGCAUCUAUGUUACCAAUUGGAAGAUAUGGAGGAUUGCCUCAUCAAGAGUUUGAGUGAACUGAAACAAAUGGAGAGAGCAAACUGUUUGAGCUAUCUCGAGUGUCUGAGUAAAUUGGAAAACUUGUCCUGCAACAUCUAUUAUGGAUAUGCUGAGUAUUUGCAGAGGAUUAGUUUCCCACACUCCCUCAAGAAGUUGAACUUAUCUCUCUUUUACUCUGAUCAUCUGGAGUUGGUAGAGAUACUGCAAAAGAUAGGGUGGUUGCCCCUUCUUCAGAAGUUAGUAUUAUAUCGCGGUACCUUCAAAACGGGCAAGUGGGAGACUAUCGAGGGCCAAUUCCGGAGCCUCAAACUACUACAAUUGGACAUGUGUGGUUGUCUAGAAAAUUGGGCGAUGGCGGAGAGCUCCCACUUUCCAGUUCUCCGGGAGCUUCGUCUUCUAAGAUUAACAGAAUUGCAGGAAAUCCCUUCAGAAGUUGGAGAGAUACCAACGCUGAAAUCAAUUUAUUUGGAACAUUGCAGUGAAUCAGCGGUAGAGUCAGCUGCAAAGAUAGUAGAAGAGCAAGAGGAUUUAUAUGGAGACCAACUAGACCUUCAUGUUCGAGUUCUACUUCGAAAACCAGAUGAAAGACUGCAGAACUUGGCAAGUCCCAACUUUGAAAUUACAGUUAGCCGUUAUUAGAAUCAUAAAAAAUUCAAGAUUGUUAGUUGCAGUUUUGUAAGCUAUAAAACAUUGAGCUUUCGUUGCUUCAUUACUGUAAGCUCCACAAGCCUUUCUAUUUAAAUAUAACUCUUUUCGUUUCUCUUGCUUUUGGAAA